CGCGUCGGCGCGGCUCACUCAGUAAACGCCCUGCCUGAGGUGGCUUGUGAGGUCCAACGUCAACACAAGCAUAUACCACGGUAGAAAAUCCGUGAAACCGUCUCUCGCACUAUCCCUGAGCACCAAAUUGCAGCAGGAAUACAAUAUACCGCCCUCACAUCUGUUCUUCUCGGCAGCGUUUCCCAUCACCUUGGCGCCUCCACUCUAUUUCGACGCGUCGGCAGCACACCUACCCCAGGACCACCGACCGUCAGAGUCGGAACCCUGAGCAACUCGUAUGCCGCCCCGUAAGCGAAGAGCCGCGCCUACGCAGCCCGAACCCGAACAAGAAGCUUCACCUCAAGCGUCCGAUGGCUCCGACCAAGAAGACGACUUUGGCCCUGAUGGCGCGCCGCGCAAGUCCAUGCCAUUCUUCAACGUCACAUAUACCACGCACCGCGCCUCCCCGUUGCACGUAGGGUCGGAGCCUUUGUCCGCGGCACGGCUGCAGACGCUGUCGCGGCGACUCCGUGACACCCUUGUCGGAGACGUUGUCCGAGGCGUGCAAGUGGGACUAGCCGGCGGCGAUGAUGGCUCUCUCGGUCGGGCUGGCAUUCUAGAGAGCGUCGAGUGGCGAUGGGUGAAGUGGGGUGACUUGAUCGGCUCGCCGGACGACGACGAUGAUGAUGAUGACGAGCACGGACACGCCCGGGAAGGAAGUCUGGACCUAGGCGCGGGGGGCUCCGGUACCAGCGGCAGGGCGUCAAGGAAAAGUCGCAAGGCGCUCUGCCUCGAACUGAAAUACGAAAAUGCAUACUUCACAGCCAGCCUGCUGCCGUCAAUAUACACAGACCAAUCGCCCAGAGCCCUUGCAUGGGAUACAACGGGCACGGCGGCGCAUGAUGCUACAACUACCAGCAAGGCGUUUGUUCACCUGCCAUUACUUCUGUUGCGGAUGCCCGCCCCGCUGCGGUCUGUCGUGAGCGACUUCCUGGCUGGCACUUUCGAUUGUCGCAUCAGCUCGCUACAUUUGGGCACACGGUCACUUGUUCACAUGUGGGAAAGCUGGCUCACAACCAGUAGGAUAGGCAAAGGUGGCGCGAAAGUGACCAAGGAUGUCGUCCUGACGCUAGGUUUUCACCUCGAGCAGCCAGAUGAUAUCACGGCGAGAACGACGGACCCCUCUGCCACGGACAGCAUCGAUGCCAUGCACAUCGACGCCAAGGACACGACGAGCCAGCAGCCUCCACCGCAAGGCCUGAAGAGCAUAGACAUCAUUCUACCCGCGCCCCAUGUGGCUCGGUUCUUGCGCGCUGGGCGCAGGAUACAACGCAGUAAUGUGCAGGCUCACGGACUGGCCGCCACCGGCAAGCGCAAACGGGGCGCAAAGCCAGCGCCCUCAGUGUUCUCCCAUAAUACGGGCGGCACGGAUCCCACCACAACGAGUGCAGAACACCAAGAUCGCCUCGCCCGACUACGACGGAAACUUGCCGGCGGCAAGAGCGAAGAAGGCUGGAGUUGGCGGUCCGCACAACAAACGACCCGGAAAGAUGACGAUGACGACGAAGACAAUGAUACCCCUACAGACCAGCCAAAAUCUCAGCAGCAGCAACAGCAGCCAUUCACGGAAGCAGUAGCCGCAUACCUGUCCACCCACCUCGCGCUCGACAUGUUCCAUCCCGCGGUGAGGAUAAUCAAGAUCGCCUGCGGCGGGUUCGUGGCCGCCGAGUCGGGCCGGCUCAAGGUGUUCGAGCCCCUGUCCUCGUCGCCGUCCAGUAGUCUCGGCGGGCGAGCUGCAGAGAGACUGGUUGCUGACCUUGCGCGGAAAGCGGCUUCUGGAGGCGGUGGUAGUGUUGUCGGCGCUGAUGGCACCACCACAGAAGGAGGUAAAGACGGACAAGGACAACAGCAGGGACCGUGGAGCCAGGCCGCCCUGCGGAUCGCCGAGCUGGCCGCAGCGGCGACAAGUACCGGAAACGUAACCUAGCUUCUUCAUCUCCAUAUACUGACGCAAAGGCUGCUCCUAAAAUCCAUGCCAGUAGUGCGCCACUAUCCAAUCUCUCACAGCAGUGCUUAUCCACGAAACUGCUGUCUUGCCAAGCGUGUUCGGGAGUCAAACUUUGUCGGGGUCGGCCCCUCCUCGGGGUCAAAUCUGGACAGCGCCAUGACAGGAGAGAGCCAUGUUACAAAUAUCGCAUUGAUGUCGUGCAGGCAACUCGUAGAACGUGAACGUGCAAGUAACCCGUGGAGCAGUCAAGGGACAGCCCUGCCAUCAAGAGGGGACUCUAGACCUGCCAGGUUAUGUCGAAUCUCGCGGCAAUGUCCAUAUCAGCAUGUGCGUGAGAGUUUGCCCUUGGAGGCGCAAUGGUGGCGUACAAGCAUGUCACAGAACAGUACAGUAGCAACAAUUCCCGCCCAGUACAGAC